UACAUAUACAUAGCAUAGCAUACCAUAAGCCCAUAGCAUAGCAUACAUUGCUAUCCAAUCUCUGGGAGUCAUUGUUUGACAGUCAAAGCCUCGCAUAAGAGGGUGACUAACAUUGACUGCCAGUGACUAACCAGACAAAGACCUUUCAUAUCAAGUGAUGGUUUGGUUUUGGGUUUAAAUGCUUUUUAUUAUACAGUAGUUUAUACUCAACUAAACACAAGACACACACACACAACAAAAAAACUUUGUCUUUCUCUCGUCAUUACCACCGAUGAUGAUAUGAUCACACAUACAGACCAGUGUUAAUAGCAAUUAAUUAACAACAUAUUUGUCACUGAAAUUAAUUAUUAUUUGUAUUAUUAAUAAUUGUUUUUAAUUAAAAAAAAAAUAUUUCUUUAUUUGUGAUUUUUUUUGUUGUUUGAAAAACACAACAGACUUUGUUGUAUACGAAGACAUCUCUUUCUCUCUCUCGAAGAGUCCAACUCUUUAAGAAAAAACAAUGCAAAUGUCAAAUGAUAUUUAAAUAGCAAUAGUAUUAAUAAUAAUCAGAAGUUGAUCCACAACUACGACACUGUGUGUGUGGGUUUGUGUUUGGUUUACAACAACUUGAUUUGGUUGACAAAAGAAAAGGAUCGGUGGAUGUGUUUGGAGUUUAAUUAAAAGGAUUUACGAGAUGACUGUCUACUACUACGGGAACCGAUAGUAGUAGUCGUAGUUGAAAGUAGUAGUUGUUGUUGUAGUGGAAGUAGUUAUUACAGAUGAACCAACAAAUGUUGGUUAUGGCCCACCAUAACCACCAUCAGCACAAUGUUAUGCUGGCGGCCGCAGCCGCGCAGUCCUAUCAUUCGGCGACCAAUGGCAGCUCAUUGACGGCGACGACAACAGCGGCGGCUGCAUCAGCAGCAGCGGCCGCUGCCCAUGAUAUGCAGCCCGACAGGCCUAUCGGUUACGGAGCCUUCGGAGUGGUCUGGUCAGUAACAGAUCCACGGGAUGGCAAACGAGUGGCCCUCAAGAAAAUGCCAAACGUCUUCCAGAAUCUGGUGUCGAGUAAACGGGUCUACAGAGAGAUAAAGAUGCUGUGCUUUUUCAAACAUGAAAACGUGUUGUCAGCCGCAGACAUAUUGCAACCGCCACACAUCGACUUCUUCCAAGAGAUUUAUGUGAUAACCGAACUAAUGCAAAGCGAUUUGCAUAAGAUAAUAGUGUCCUCACAACCGCUAACCUCAGAUCAUGUGAAGAUAUUUCUCUAUCAAAUUCUCAGAGGACUUAAAUAUCUGCAUUCGGCCAGAAUUCUUCACCGGGAUAUCAAACCGGGAAACCUAUUAGUUAAUAGUAAUUGUUUGCUCAAAAUAUGCGACUUUGGUUUGGCCCGAGUCGAAGAAUCAGACUCAUCCAGAUUGAUGACACAAGAAGUGGUCACACAGUAUUAUAGAGCACCGGAAUUAUUAAUGGGUGCCCGACAUUAUACGUCAGCUAUAGAUAUCUGGUCUGUCGGUUGCAUUUUUGCCGAACUAUUGGGACGACGGAUCCUAUUUCAGGCACAGACACCCAUUCAACAGUUGGAACUCAUAACAGACUUGUUGGGCACACCGGAGCCGCCAGAUAUGCGAUACGCCUGCGAAGGCGCCCGCAUUCAUAUCCAGCGUCGACCACAUAAGACACCGUCGCUGGCGUCGCUAUACAAUCUCUCAUCUCAGGCUAACCACGAAGCUGUUCAUCUAUUAUGUCAAAUGUUGGUCUUUAAUCCUGAUAACCGAAUCAAUUGUACCAACGCUUUGAGUCAUCCGUAUUUAGAAGAGGGAAGACUUCGCUAUCAUUCAUGUAUGUGCCGUUGCUGUCACACAGUGGGUCCAAAUCGUAGGUAUGCCGCCGAUUUGGAGCCUAUGGCGCCCACACCGUUUGAUUAUGGCUUUGAAAAAGAGUUGACUUCAGUACACGCGGUCAAAGAGCGUUUGCACAAAUCAAUACUAGAGAAGUGUUCGCUAUCGUCACUGUCUAAUAGGGUUCCCCUUUGUAUUAAUCCCAACUCAGCCGCCUUCAAGAGUUUCGCCAGUUCAACUGUUGCCCAUCCAUCGGAAUUGCCACCAUCUCCUCACUGUUGGGAAUAACUAUUAUAGUGUUUAGUUCUCGUCCGUAAAAAGUUUUUAUUAUUUAGUCUUUAAUUUAAAUCAAACCACACUCUUCAUCAUUCUCUUCCUCCUCAUCAAGACUGCGURUGAGAGAGAGAGAUAGAUAAGAGAGAAAGAAACUGCAAUUUGAUGACUGAUUGUCGCCACAAAAAAACAAACAAAUCAUCGGAAGACUUCUCUCCAAUCAAUUAAUUAACUUAUCAUUUGUUGGUUUGAAGUUCAAAAAUGAUUAUCUGAUAUAUAAUUUAUUAUUAGUUUAUUUAUUUUAUUUAUCAACUAUUUUAUAUUUACCGUAAAACAAAACAAAAAAGUGAGAAUCACUCGAUGAAAUUGCAAGU